UUCAAGACAUAUUGGGUUUUGAUAUCAGAUUAUUUUAACAACUAUUUAUUUCUUGCUAUAAGCUUUUUUAUUUGGCAAUUCUUUCUUCUCUCUUUUUGCCCCUAGUCACGGUAAACAGACAUCAUGCCGCAUCCCCCGGAAUACAUCGAAUUCCUCAAAUCAAUGGAAAACUCCAAACAAUAUCAAAUCCUCAAUAACCUCGUCAACAGCCCUGAAGCAAGCGUCGAUAAUGCACUGGACCAGAUUACCCAUCUAACAUUAUCAGCCCUCGCACCCUCUGACGAUAAAAACUUUACACCUGAAAACAUUGACUAUAUUCUCUCCUUCACCCUAUUGAUGCUUGUCCAGCGCCUAAAGCUAACUAAGCACAGCAAACUCGUUCAAUUUCUCUAUGGACUUCAAAAGCGCAUAGUGACAGAUCCAGCGACUGGUGAUCCCCUUACAGUAGGGCCUACCAAUAAAGUUCUCUGGACGGAUCUGCCUUCAUUUGGAUACACUGAGUUGGAAACCUGGGACGAGUGUGGGGGUGAAUAUAAAGACCCCAAAACCCCCAACCUAAAAGGUGAACAAAGACAGCGUUGGAUCAACGAAAACGCCUUCAUCGCCCAAAUCACCCAAGCCGCCGAUGUCAGCUACGAACCCCCUUUAGACCAGAACGAUAGCAUCCAUCCCAUCGAUAGAUCCCACCGGGCACUCCGAGUACUCAAGCUUGCCCUUGAAAAUGACGAUAUCCCCAUGCCAACACUCGCCAAGACAGCUGCCAUGGAGGCUGCGUGUAUCUGGUUCAUCUACGCCGCGGCCCGGGUGUGGGAUAAUGUCCGAUACGGUCGUACUUAUAAUCCUGAAGACUUUGGGACUGGGCCCGGUUGUAAGACGUUCGCGGCUCGGGGGUGGAAAGGGUAUGAGCAGGAUCGAUGGGAGGUUUGGGGGGAGAGGUUGCGUGAGGCGAGAGGGGUUUGUGGGGAUGAGAGAAUGGGAGGAUUGAUUGAUGAGGCUUUGGGGUGUAUGAGCCGGGUAAUGGGUAAAUAGAUGACUUUAUGAGAUAUUGUUUACGUUCAAAUCAAGACUAUAGAAUGAGUGCUUGACUAGCUAUAUGUGCGAAUGUCACGGGCUCGGAAUAGUAGACGAUAACGAACUGAACUCCUAUCUAAACCAUUGUAGCCAUCGACGGAAAUAUCGAAUCUGGAGGGAG